AUGGCUGCCACAGAUCUCAUGUUUGACCCUGCUACCUAUGAGGCCUAUACUGAUGCUGUCCGUGCUUACUUAAUGGAUCAGGUCGAUAUGGCUAUUACUCAAGCAGCGGGUAAUGCUAAGCGGCAUUAUGAUCAGAACCUUGUCCCGCAAGGAUUCUUUGUUGGUGCCCGUGUUCUGCUACGGCUGAUGAAGCAUCAGAGACCUACUAAGCUCUCCCCUAUGUGGGAGCCUAAUUGGUUUAUUACUCAGAUCAUAGGCUCUACCGAUCCUAUCAAGGUUGUUCGCUUAUUUCAUCUUCCGACAAGACGGGUUAAGGUUCUAAGUGUUGAUCAUAUCAAGGUUGAUCCUCUUCAACCUGAUAACAUCGAGGAGAUUAUGCAAGAGUUUCCUCCACCUCCUCGUGAUCCUCGUGAACCUACCCCGCCUAGUAUUCAUGGCUCUGUCAUAGUCUCCUCUGACGGACUUCCUCCAGAGCAACCCCACUCUUUGUACCAUCAAGGCCUCAACAACCUGUUGUUCGUCCGGGUAAUCUCAUUGGUGAAGAACAACGGUCAACUUUACAAGUUGGUCCUCAACGUCCUAAUUGGCAAGGACUUGACUCGUUUCGCCCGCAAGUUGUGGUGA